AUGGCGCCGGCAGCGACGUUUACCCUCACGCCGACGGCCAACCAGACCGUCCCAAGCGCCCUGGCGCCAAUGGCAUUUCUCGAACCCGCAAUAGCCAUCCAGGUGAUGAACGGGACAUAUAUGCACAUGGGAGUUUUAGCAGUAAUGAUUUGGGAUUUGCUCCAUAAUGCAUGGAACGACUACAUUCUGAGCACAAAGCAUCGAUUCCGCCUCGCCACGGGGGUGUAUUUCUUUUCGAGGCUCACUGUCCUCGUGUAUGCCCUGGGGCGAGCCGUAUUACUCACCCUGCCAAUCGAAAAUUGCCGCGGUCUAGAGCUUGCUAUCGCGUCCUUCCUUACAAUCACUCUCUGCCUCAACACCUUCCUAUUCUACGUCCGCAUCUGUGCCGUCUUCUUCAACUACACCUCCAUCGUUAUCUCCUUCGGCCUCUUUUGGUCUGCCACGAUCGGCAUGGCAUGCAUUGUCCCAACCUCGAUGAGCGCUUCUCAUAUCGGGCCGACGCGCUACUGCUUAGAGCAGAUGCGGACUCACCACCUGGUCCCGACGUAUAUUGUGUUUUUCUUGUUCGACACACUCGUGUUUGUGGGAACAUCAUAUCGCUUUUACGUGCUGUUUCGCCACGAAGAGGAGGAGGGCUCGAUAAAAAGAGAACUGAGGAUUGUUUUCCUCGGAGCGUCAAUGCCUGCGUUCUCGAAGGCGAUGCUGCACGAGAACCAGCUGUAUUAUCUGGGAGUCCCACUAGUCAAACUCGGCAUCAUCAUCGGUGCACUCUGCUUCAAGGACGGAACGCCAGGCCUCGUCUUCGUCUCAAACCUCGUGCCGGUGCAUGUCGUGCUCGCGAACGUGGUCACUUGCCGCGUGUUCAGAAACACCAAGCUAGGGCUCGUACGUGAGCCGAUGAACUCCGAUGUCUUCAUGCAGACCUCGAAAGGAAGCUGGCAUGUAGCGGAGGCGGGAUCUAGGGAGACCGUAGAGAAGGAGGGUGUGGAUGGGUGUAUAAAGCCCGUCGACCUGCUGACAGUUCGCAAGGAAAUCGCAACAAUCACUGUGACAUGUUGA